AUGGAAUACGCACGUAAACAAGAAAUUUUGAGAUUAUUAUAUUUAAUAUCUCUAUACGAUUCAGGACAUAUCCAAAUGAUUCAAUUUCUUGAUGAAGAAAUAACAAUUACUUAUACAAACAAUAAGCAAACCCAAUUUUAUUUUGAAACGGUGAGGGCAUAUAAUAAAGAUGGCUUCGAGAAUAAGAUAGCUGAUAAUCUCAAUACAAUGCUUAUUGUAAGCGAAGACCCUAGCGUUGAGGGUAAUGAAGAUGCAAUUGUAAAAUAUUAUUCAUUCGAUUUAGAUAUCGAGAAAAAUAUUGAUCCGAAAGAAGGAAAUAAUAAAGAUGACAACGCAAAUUUUGAUCUGAAAGAAGGAAAAGAAGUAUAUAAUAAAGGCAACCAAGACAAAAGGAAAAGCAAUAAUAUAGAAAAGAGUGUAGCAAAAAAAAAUAAAAUAAGUAUGGCGGAGGAAAGUGAAGAUGAGUCUGAAGAAAACGUUGAAAAUGGUAAAUUAAUAGAGGGAAAAGAAGAGA